AUGUUCGCCGGAAAAACCUCCUCUCUUAUCAGCCGCAUGCAGUCGGAGUCCGCCAAUGGAAGGUCAAGUUUCGCAGAAAAUACUCGGAAUUUGGAUAAGGUUUUGCAAGGUUUGUGUGUAUCUGGAAGGUUGGCAGAGGCAAUUAGGCUCUUGUAUCGCACGGGAUUACGACUUCAUCCGAGAACCUAUUCUUUGAUGCUGCAGGAAUGUAUAUUCUGGAAAGAUUAUAGAAGGGGAAGAAGAAUUCAUGCUCAUAUGGUUAUUGUUGGAUAUGUUCCCAAUGAAUAUUUGAAGACCAAAUUGUUGAUAUUGUAUGCAAAAUCAGGAUGUCUAGAAACUGCACGGUUUCUAUUUAAUGACUUGGUGGAGAAGGACGUGUUUGCAUGGAAUGCAAUCAUAGCUGGCUAUGUUCAAAAGGGUCUUGAAGAAGAUGGGUUGGAAAAUUUUUAUGGGAUGAGACAGACUGGUCUGAGACCUGAUCAGUAUACCUUUGCAUCAGUUUUCAGGGCCUGUGCAACUUUGGCGUUGUUAGAACCCGGGAGGCAAGUGCAUGGUGUUAUGUUGAAGUGUCAAAUUGGGGACAAUGUUGUAGUCAACAGUGCAUUAAUAGACAUGUAUUUUAAAUGCAGUUCUAUUUGCGAUGGACAACUUCUGUUUGAUAAAUGUUUGAGUAGAAAUACCAUUACUUGGACUACUCUAAUAUCUGGGUAUGGAAAGCACGGAAGGGCCGCAGAGGUUUUAGAUUCUUAUCAUAGAAUGAUAAGUGAAUCUUUUAGACCGAAUAAUGUUACUUUUCUUGCAGUUUUGGUUGCUUGUAGCUAUGGGGGUUUGAUUGAUGAAGGCCAUAAAUAUUUUCAAUCAAUGAUAAGAGACUAUGGAAUAGUGCCUCAAGCUAAACAUUAUGCAGCAAUGGUUGACCUUUUAGGGCGUUCCGGGAAGUUAAAAGAGGCUUAUGAAUUUGUUCUGAAAUCACCUUGUAAAGAGCACUCGGUGAUAUGGGGUGCCUUGCUUGGGGCUUGUAAGAUUCACGGUGACUUAGACUUGUUAAAAAUUGCCUCUAAGAAAUAUUUUGAAUUUGAACGCGUAAAUGCUGGAAAGUAUGUUGUCUUAGCAAAUGCUUAUGCCUUGUCUGGUUUGUGGGAUGAUGUUGAGGAUGUUAGGGCUUCUUUGAGGGAAUCAGGGAUGACAAAGGAGCCUGGUUAUAGCAGGAUAGAGGUGCAAAAGGAGGUUUGUUUCUUCUUUAAAGCCGAUAAAUCUCACCAACAAGCUGAUGAGAUUUAUCAGGUAAUAAGAGAGAUUACCUCUAUACUAAAGGAUGCAGGUUAUAUUCCUGGUUUAAGUAGAAAUUGA